CAAAGUUGUCAGGGCAGGCGUGAGUCCGCGGGAGCGAGCACUGCUGUGGAUUACACCGGCCAGGAGAGACGGGAGCGCCGCUAUCUCACAAACCUGACAAGUAACCAACUAGUUUCACACGGCGGUCUCUCGGCCGGGGGAAGUUGACGAGGGGGAUUUCAGCCUCACGCAGGAAUAAACCGGAGUGUGCCCUCUCCUCUCCACGGACUGUCCAACCGCCAGGAGAGAGAAGGUCUGCUCAGGAAGCCAUGCUAAUAAACCUCCUCUUGCGGUGAGCUGCCUCUUGGACAGUCGGAGGCAUCAUGGCGGAGCUGCCUAUUGCUCCAGGCCAGGUCUACAUUGAGGUGGAGUACGACUAUGAAUACAAGGCCAAAGACCGCCUCAUUUCCAUCCACCAGGGGGAAUGCUACAUGCUAAUCAAGAAGACCAACGAGGACUGGUGGCAAGUGAAGAAGGAAGAGGGGACUAAAGCUUUCUAUGUACCUGCCCAGUAUGUCCGAGAAGUCCGCAAAGCCCUCAUGCCACCUCCUAAACCUAUCCCACAUCCUCCCGCUACCACUGGCAACAAAUCUAUACAAACUGGGGGUGGGCUCUGGGUGAAGCCUUCAAGUCUGGAACUUGGCUUCCCGGACCAGCCUGCUGAGAACCUUCACAGACGUGAGUCUAACUAUCGGCGCUCACCGUCUGCUCAAACUGCCUCCACUGGGCACUUCAGUCCCCCAAUUCACCGCAGGGACAGCAACCACCACCAUGCCCCCAGCACUCACACCGACCAUGACCGAGCUCUGGCUGACAUCCUUGUCCACGGCGGAGGCCACCAGCCGGAAAACAAAGGGAAGUCGAGCACUCUCCCCCGCAGCAGAGCUCGAUCCCCUGAUCUGGUCAGAGCCCCCCUGGAUGUGGACAGCACCCAGCACUGUGACUCUGCAGGUGAAGACAGACGCACCAACGACUCGGAGUCAGGAGACGAACUGAGCAGCAGUUCCACCGAACAUCUCCAGACGGUGUCUUCAUCAGGCCAGGGUCGCCCUGAGUCGCCGGUUUACACCAACCUCCAGGAACUGAAGAUCACCCAGUCCAGCCUGCCUCCUUAUCCCUCCGGCUCCCCAGUCCACGCACUGGGCGACUGGGAGACCUACAAGGACCAGAACGGCAGGCACUUCUACUACAACCGCUCCACCCAGGAGAGGACCUGGAAGCCCCCCCGGGCCAGGGACACCAGCACGGGGAGCUCCAGAGGAGAGUCCCACAGCACCGGAGACAGCUCUGAGACCACUCCUCUCUCGCUCUCGCCGUCUUUCCUUCCCUUCCUCUCGCUCUCCAUCGGUCGGUUCCAGCCUCUGUCAUCGGAGGACACCUGCUUCAGUACCUACUCUAGCCAGUCUGACAGUCAGUAUGGCUCGCCGCCGCGUGGUUGGUCGGAGGAGAUGGACGAGCACGGCCACACGCUGUACGUCAGCGACUAUACUAACGAGAAGUGGUUGAAACACGUUGAUGAGCAGGGCAGGCCGUAUUACUACAGUGCAGAUGGAUCGAGGUCAGAAUGGGAGCUGCCCAAGUACAACCUCUCCCCUCCGCAGCUGUCUGGAGACGCUCCAAAGAGUCGCAGUCUGGACAGGAAACACGUGGAGCCCAUCGUCCUGACCAAGUGGAGACACAGCGCCCACGUCCCAGAUCCCAACGACAAGCGGCUAAAGAAAACCAGGCGUUUCCGCUCGGGCUCUGCCCGCCUACACCCGUACAAACACCAAGAUGCUCCUCUGGGCCCAAAGCCCCCCUCUCCUGACUCUGACUCCUGCCCUUCGUCUCCCAAGCCCCCCACCUCUCCAUCUGAAAAGUGCGGCGUUCUGAAUGUGACAAAGAUCACUGAACAUGGCAAGAAAGUACGGAAGAACUGGACCUCCUCCUGGACGGUGCUCCAAGGAUCCACGUUGCUGUUUGCCAAAGGCCAAGGAGGCGGAACAAGCUGGUUCGGAGGCGGUCAGUCCAAACCAGAGUUCACCGUGGAUCUGAGGGGCGGCUCGGUGGAGUGGGCCUCCAAAGACAAGUCCAGCAAGAAACACGUCAUAGAGCUGAAGACUCGACAGGGCACAGAGCUGCUGAUCCAGUCAGAAAACGACGUCCUUGUCAACGAAUGGUACCGAGCGCUGCAGGACACCAUCAGCACCCAUGCCUGGGAGUCUGAUGAGACCAUUGACGAGGACAUGCCGGAGUCUCCUGGUGUGGAGAAACAUGAGAGGGAGAAAGACCACAGAGACUCAAUGAAAGGCAUGAAGACCUCGGCCAGCAUGGACGGCUCGGACAACAAGAAGACUCGGCACAAGCUGAAGAAGUUCCUGACCCGCCGCCCGACGCUGCAGUCCGUCAGAGACAAGGGAUACAUCAAAGACCAGGUGUUCGGCUGCAGUCUGUCCGAUUUGUGUCACAGGGAGAACAGCACAGUGCCGAGCUUUGUCAAGAUGUGCAUCGACCAUGUGGAGAACAACGGUCUGUGUAUAGACGGGCUGUACAGAGUCAGCGGGAACCUGGCUGUCAUACAGAAACUACGCUUCGCCGUCAAUCACGAUGAGAAGGUGAACCUGGUGGACGGGAAGUGGGAGGACAUCCACGUGACCACCGGAGCUUUGAAGAUGUACUUCAGGGAGCUUCCUGAACCUCUCUUCACCUACGCUCUCUUCCAUGACUUUGUCAACAGCAUCAAGAUUCCAGACUACAAGCAUCGAGUUCAGUCCAUCAAAGAGUUGGUGAGACAGCUGCCGAGGCCCAACCACGACACCAUGCAGACGCUCUUCAAACACCUCAGGAAAGUGAUCGACCACGGCGAGGAAAACCGUAUGACCACCCAGAGCGUGGCCAUCGUGUUCGGCCCCACGCUGCUGCGGCCUGAAACGGAGACCUGGAACAUGGCGGUCCACAUGGUCUACCAGAACCAGAUAGUGGAGCUAAUACUGCUGGAGUACGAGAACAUUUUCGGCAGGUAGACGGAGACGUCGGGAGGACAAGCUUCUUCGUUUUUUGUUUUUUCUUUUCUUUUCUCUCUCCCGACGCAGAGCUCUUCCUGACCCAGCAUGGCUCUGCCACAAAAAACACAACACGGCUCGGCUCGGCUCGGCUCGGCUCGGCUCGGCUCGGGGGAACGACGGCUUCUCUUCAUCUCAAACCAUCAGUGCGCUCACUGGCUUCUCCAAAUCCCACAAACAAACCUCUGGACCAAAGCCGCCGCGCACAUAUGAACCAAAACAUAGAUGAAAACAAACUAGUGACCAAAAAGUUUUAGACUCUCUGCACUUUUUUCAGCAUCUCAUUCUUUCUCCUGCCGCUGCGUUUGUGCCACUUUACUCCUGUCCCGACACUGGAAAACUAAUCCAGAGGGCCAGACGGGCCUCUUGACUACUGCACAGACUGACUGAGACCAAAGCAGCCUCAGGAGCCUCUAUGACGGAGGAGGUGUCAGUAUUGGAGAUGGGAGGUGGAGGUGCACGCUGUAUGUACUGUACUGUAUAUCCUAUGACCUGUGUAGACCACACUGGGGAAACCAAACUGCUGUGCUUGGCUUUAGACGUUUAGACACUAAGAGGAAACAGAACAAGGAGAAGAAGGGAUCAUACGGAGGUCUUUUAUUUAGAUAAUACGUUGUUAAAGAACUUUUCCUGCUCUCUCUUUUCCCCUCUCUUUUUAUUUUUAAAUGUUUCAUCCCCUCCUCCCUCUUUUUUUCCGUCUCUCUCCGAUGCUACUUCUUUUCUUCCUUCCUGACAUCCUGGAGAAAACUGGACCGGGGUCCUCUGAACACAUGAGAGGUUAUCGCUCUGUAAAAUAUAUAUAUAUAUAUAUAUCUAUACGCCUCCUUUGUCUCCAUUUGGCUUUAAGAACAAAUCACACCGCAGCAGUCUGAACAUCAAACAACGGUACUCAGCCGUGUCGUUCCUCGACUCGUGGAUACAAAACGUUCAGGCAGAAAACUGAACGUGACUCCACUGAUAAAUCUGUACAGUGUUUAUGUGUGUGUGCAUGUGAGUGUGUGUGUGUGUGUGUGUGCGUGUGUGUGAAUGUGUGUGUGUGUGGGGGGAGGGUCGGACGGAUGAAUGGAUUUAAUGACAAUAUAUUGUACAAAUAGUAAAUAUAAGUACGUAUGCCUGGAGUGUUACGAGGGGAGAAAUCACUGUCCUGUGAUGAUUGUGAGACGGGAGGAUUAAAGUUCUGGACCGGGGAUGUGGAGGUUUACCUGCGUGUCAGGUUGAAUGAGGGAUUGUGAAUGUAACUGUUGGUUUCACCAAACUGGAAUAACAAUAAAAAAAAAACAAAUCCUCUAAGAGAUAUUCCAAAGGA